AUGGCUGGUGGAAACUUUGCUUUUGCCGGUGGCGGCGGCAUUAAUCCGGAUGAGUACACAGGGAAGCUAACGUGGUACGUGAAAUGGACUUGUAUUAUGGCAGCCAUGGGUGGUUUGAUCUUUGGGUACGACAUUGGAAUUUCAGGUGGAGUUACUUCUAUGGCUCCUUUUCUCCAACGUUUCUUCAUGUCUGUUUACCGAAAAGAGGCACUGAACACCUCGACCAACCAAUACUGCAAGUUCGACAGCCAGUUGUUAACCCUUUUCACAUCUUCUCUCUAUGUGGCUGCCCUUUUUGCGUCCAUUGCUGCUUCUCAUGUUAGUAAAAAAUAUGGCAGAAUACGUAGUAUGAUCCUUGGAGGUCUCUUUUUCUUAUCAGGCGCCGUCCUCAACGCUGCUGCUAUCCACAUUAGCAUGCUCAUCUUGGGUCGUAUCCUUUUAGGGAUUGGUGUCGGAUUUGCUAAUCAGUCUGUCCCUAUUUAUUUGUCCGAGAUUGCUCCACCCAAUUACAGAGGUACUUUCAAUGUCUUAUUCCAAUUGUCCAUCACGGUCGGGAUUCUGAUAGCGAAUUUAGUGAAUUUUGGAACGGACAAGAUUUCUGGUGGUUGGGGUUGGAGGGUUAGCUUAGGAGGUGCAGCCGUGCCAGCAUUAGUCAUCUUGUUUUCGUCAAUGUUUCUUUCUGAUAGUCCGAGUUCUUUGAUCGAUAGGGGAAUGGAAAAGGAGGCCAAACAAUUGUUAAGAAAGAUAAGAGGAGUUGAUUAUCCUGAAGCAGAGGUAGAAGUUAUUAAUGUCGAAGCUGAAUUUAAUGACCUUUUGAUGGCGAGUGAAGCAUCCAAGAAAGUAGAAGGGCCAUGGACCAACCUUGUAUUCGUUCGAAAGUACAGACCACAGUUGAUAUUGUCAAUUUUGAUUCCAUCAUUCCAGCAACUCACAGGAAUUAAUGUGGUCAUGUUCUAUGCUCCUGUACUUUUCCAAACAUUAGGAUUCAAGAGCAAUGUUUCGCUUAUCUCCGCUGUCAUCACUGGGCUUGUCAACUUGCUCGCGACUUUUUUUUCAGUCUAUGGAACCGAUAAGUUUGGCAGGAGAAAAUUGUUCUUUUACGGUGGCAUCUUCAUGUGUUUAUUCCAAACUGCACUGGCAGCUCUUAUUGGGGCAAAAUUUGGAACAACAGGGAAUUCCGGAGUUUUACCUCAUUGGUACGCAGCUUUAGUGGUUUUAUGCAUAUGUGUAUUCGUGGCUAACUUUGCAUAUUCAUGGGGUCCGUUAGGAUGGUUGGUUCCGAGUGAGAUAUCUCCAUUGGAAGUUCGAUCUGCAGCACAAUGCGUUACUGUGUCCAUGAACAUGUUUUUUACGUUUCUAGUGGCUCAAAUUUUCUUGAAGAUGCUUUGUGGGAUGAAGUUUGGUUUAUUCAUAUUCUUUGCGGCCUUUGUGUUUAUAAUGACUAUGUUUAUCUACUUGUACGUGCCCGAAACCAAGAACAUACCUAUUGAAGAGAUGUCACAAAUUUGGAGAGAGCAUUGGUUCUGGAAGAAGUUCGUAGAUGAAGAUGGAGAAUCAAAGCCACAAGGGAAUGGAACAAAGCUUAGAAUGGAAGUAGUCUGA